GCACUGACUGCCAAUCAGUGUUGGUGUGUCUAGAUACAGAGGAACAGCUGAUUCUUGCAGUUGUGCAGCUGCUGCUCCUGCUCCCCUUUGCUCGGGUAAAGAGCGAAAGACGAGAAAAAAAAAAGAGGAACAAGCAGAACGAAGUAGAGACAUGCCGCAGAACGUGCUGCUGGACGGGCCUGCCCCAUGGGGAUUUCGACUGUGUGGUGGCAAAGAUUUCAACCAACCUCUAACCAUCACCAGGGUGACUCCUGGAAGCAAGGCCUCGCUGGUCAAUUUGUGCCCGGGAGACGUCAUCCUGGCUAUCGAAGGAGCCCCAACAGAUGGAAUGACUCACGCUGAGGCCCAGAACAAGAUAAAAGACUCUACUAAUCAGCUCUGCCUCAAAAUAGAAAGGCCUGAAACCAAACUCUGGUCCCCACAAGUCAUGGAGGAGGGAAAAGCACACCCAUUCAAAGUCAACCUGGAAGCAGAGCAACAAGAGUUUAAGCCAAUAGGCACAGGCCAUAACAGAAGAGCACAGCCGUUUGUGGCUGCUGCCAACCUGGAUGACAAAAGGCAGGUGGUGAGCUCUUCUUACAACAGUCCCAUAGGCCUCUACUCUGAGGGCAACAUCCAUGAUGCCCUGCAUGGACAAAUCCGUGGCCUGGUGCAUGACAGGCCCAAUGGAGAUAACACAUCUCAGAGGGUGACACCGAAUGUAUUUAAGGGGACUGCACCAGUUACUAAUCGGAGUCAGAUUGAAGCCCUGGCUCGGUCCACUCUGUAUAAUUCCCCCAUUAACUUGUACUCAGAUGCCAAUCUAUCAGAAGCUCUACAGCACACUCAGUUAUCUGCUGUAGCUGAUAAACCAGCAAUCAGUGGAAAAGCCCUGACAUCCAUUGAGGAUUCUGACGUGUACCGAAUGUUGCAGGAGGAUGAUGAAACUCCUCAUGAGCCUCGCCAGUCCGGCUCUUUCAAAGCCCUGCAGGACUACAUAGAGAGUGACGGUACAAAGCCUAUGGUAACCAGAAGUGUCAAAGCUCCAGUGACGAAGCCCCAAGCAGCCUCAGCCACGCUACAGAAACUGCCUCUUUGUGACAAAUGUGGCAAUGGCAUUGUGGGUACCGUGGUCAAAGCCCGGGACAAGUUCCGCCACCCUGCGUGUUUUGUGUGCUCCGACUGUGGCAUGAACCUGAAGCAGAAAGGAUACUUCUUUGUGGAGGGACAGCUGUAUUGCGAGACUCAUGCUCGGAUCCGAAUCAGACCUCCAGAGGGACAUGACCUGGUCACCGUGUACCCUAACGCUUAAAAGACAUUACAGCUCCAGUCUUCACUGCCUAUUGAUGCUGCAACCCAUUGAAACAUGUAGGAAUGUUUAUUAAUUGUUGAACCAAGGUCUGGCGUGUCUGCUCUAAGGGAAAUAUUUACAUUUUGUUGCUUGAUGGGCUCUCUUUAGCGUAAAAGAGAAUGCUUGCUUGACAGUUUCAGUACCUCAGUUAGGUACCAAAUGAGAAACAGCAAGCGAUCAAACAUAGUCUCAUUUUUGCAGUGCUGUUAUGCUAGAUUGACAAAACUGGUUCUUUCAGGUGUAACAUCUUGAUUGUUAUUCCUUUAAUGUAUGAAAAUUCUGAUGACUUUUUUUAAAACAACUAAUAUUUCUUAACAUUAACAUUAACACUUUAAUGUAAUUGUCAAUGUAAGAAAGAACAAAAACCCCACAAUGUCCUUAAAAAUAAUCUCCCACCUGAAAGAACUAAUAAUUCUUUCAGGUGGGGUGGAUAGUCAUCUAUUCUUGACUAUUACUGUUUUAUAAUAAAGCUAUUGGGAUUUGUUUUUACCACUUCCUAACAAUCAGUAUACAGAGCAUAGUUAAUUUCAAAUCUAUACUAACUGCCCUUUAAACAACUGGUGGUGGCCAGCCCUCACAUGGGAUAUUUAGCUACUAGGCCUGCUGCACUACAUAGCUCUGUCCACAGGGUGGCAGUAUUUCAGCUUUAAUAUGUUGUAAUUAAAAUCACCAAAACUUUUACAAAAUAGUUCCUUUGGGUGUUUUUAUUACAUGACUGAUGAAAGAGCAUGCACUAAACAACAAACUUUGGGAAGGCAGGGUAAUAUUAACACUGUGUCUUCUAAAUACAGCCUCAGCU